CGUAUUCCCCCUUUAAUAUAUACUUGGCCGGGGGCAGGAACCCCUCCAAGACCGGGUUUAAAUCCCAGCAAGUAAAGAUAAUUCACGCGGGUGACGAAACCAAUAAAAAGAGGCCGGCCUGAGCGUGUGACGUCACAUCCGGGGAUUCACACCCGGAAGUCGCCCAUAAAUAAGUUGUGGGCUUUUUUUAGUGUUUUCGAACAGUAAAUCUGUUUAAAUCCCUGAAACAGUAAAUUCACUGGGCUCUGGGCCGCCAUGUCCAAGCGGAAGGUGACGUUCGAGGACCCGGACGACGACGACGACCUGGGGGGGCUGCCCAAGAAGCGUGGGGUGCAGGAGGCGGAGCCCGGCGGCCCCGGGAGCCGGUUCAAGGGGAAGCACUCAUUGGACAGCGACGAGGAGGACGAGGAUGAAGAAGCUGCCGGGGGCGGGAUCUUGGCCCCGGAGGACGUGGAGGGCCAGGAGCCGGGCUCGGUGCUGGAGGAGGAGGGGGUGCGCUUCACGCCCUUCAACCUGCGGGAGGAGCUGGCCGAGGGCCACUUCGACGCCGCCGGCAACUACUUCCCCCGCGGCGACGACGGGCCCCCAGACGCCUGGCUCGACUCGCUCGACUGGGUGACUGUCAAGCCGCUGCCCGCCCGCCGCCGGGGGCAGUCCCAGCAGGGAGGGGGCAGCCCCGAAGCGGAGGGGACGGAGCCCGGCCGGGAAUCCCCGCCCCUCCCAGACCCCCAGGCGGCGCUGGAGGGGCUGGUGGAGCUGGUGGGGCCGGGGGAGACGGUGGCUCGGGCCAUCCAGCGCUUGGGCGGGGGCGGGGCCCGGCCCAGGGGGCGGGGGCGGGGCCGCGGGCGGGGCCGCGGGCGGGGGCGGGGCCGGCAGGCAGAGGUGGAGCCAGCACCGGAGCCAGAGCCGGAGCCAGAGCCGCCCGAGGAGGUCGAGAGGCGGGGCCGGCUGGAGCGGCUCUCGGGAUUGGCCGACCUCAUGGUGGCACGGGGCCACUACGGCGUCUACCAGGAGACGCGGGAGCGCCUGGCCCUCCGCCUCCGGGCCUUGGCCCCGCCCUCUGCCCAGGCCACGCCCACUGGCCCCACCCUCGACAUGUUUGCUGAGGAGGUGGAUGAGGCGGCUCUUCGAACCCAGGAGUCUGGGGGCGGGGCCGUGGCCGUGGCGGAGGCGGCGCUGGACGAGGUGCUGUGGGAGUACAAGUGGGAGAACACGGCGGGGGCGGAGCUCUACGGGCCCUUCAGCAGCAGCCAGAUGCAGGAGUGGGUGUCCGAGGGCUACUUCGCGGACGGGGUUUACUGCCGGAAGUUGGACCCGCCGGGCGGGCAGUUUUACAGCUCCAAGCGCAUCGACUUUGACCUCUAUACGUGACCCCCGAGGCCCAGAUUUUCAGGGCAGUCCCAGCCUGGAGACUUUGGGGGGAGGGAUCUUUGUGUACACAGGUUUGGAUUAAAAAUGUCGUGUUUCACCCCA